GUUAAGUUCUGUGGGGCUCUGUGAGCGUAUGUGACAGCGCAAUUACUUUAGUCAAAUGUUCGUUUUCCGUGUUAUUGGAUUAAAUUCAACUACAGACGGAUUUUGAAGCAUUUUAAGGUGGUCUUUGGUGUGGUACUGCUGACGUUGAACUGUAUUUACUGGAAAACGUACCCUUCUGCGGAUGAAAACGAUGUUUUCGUAGUUUUGUAUCCAAAAGGCAUUUUUAAGAAGAGUCCGGCAAAAUUGCAAAGCUGUUAACUUCAUUGUGUAAAUUCAUUUCAUAAAACUUUUUGCUGUGAUUUAAGAAAACCAACAAAACAACGACAUGGCGUUUGCCGGCCUCAAAAAGCAAAUUAAUAAAGCCAACCAGUAUAUGAGUGAAAAGAUUGGAGGGGCUGAAGGAACCAAAUUCACUGAAGAAUAUACAGAAAUGGAAAGGAAAACAGACUUGACGAAUGAAUUAGUGGAGGACCUUCUCUUAAAGACUAAAGAAUAUUUACAACCAAAUCCAGCCUCAAGAACAAAGCUCAUGGUUAGUUCAAAAUUGCGUGGUGGUGCCAAAGCGCAUGCUUAUCCUCAACCGGAAGGCACAUUAGGUGAAGCAAUGGUGAAAUUCGGAAAGGAUUUAGGAGAAGAGUCGCCUUUUGGUUUAAGUUUAAUUGAAUGUGGAGAAGCCUUGAAACAAAUGGCUGAAGUUAAAUAUGCUCUUGAAGAUAAUGUAAAACAGAACUUCCUUGAGCCUCUGCAUCAUUUACAAACGAAAGAUCUUAAAGAUGUUAUGCAUCAUCGUAAAAAACUUCAAGGACGUCGACUAGAUUAUGAUUGCAAGAAACGGAAACAAUCAAAAACUCUCGCACCUAAUGCAGCAGGAGCUCACCUGAGCGAGGACGAGAUCAGACUAGCAGAAGAUAAGUUUGAAGAAUCUUUUAAUUUAGCGUCAAUGGGAAUGUUUAAUCUAUUAGAAAAUGAUGUUGAACAAAUUUCACAACUUGCAUCACUUGCUGAAUCUUUAUACGAUUACCAUAAUCAGUGUGCAGCCAUCCUACAGAGUGCCACAGAGAGACUUAUUGAACAGAAAAAUGAAGCAGCUAAUCGUCCAAGGGAAACCUACGUACCCAAGAAACUUCAUGAAUUAAAUAUACCCUCCUUACACGACGACAUGUCUCCACAAGUUGAAUAUGGAGGUAAUAUUAAUGGUGGUACCAUAAUCCCUUCAAUCAAAGCUUCACCAGCCCGUUCUCCUGCCGGCACACCCGUUGACACUCCUCCACCUAAAUCUCUCUUUCUUGGUGGCCUUACUGCUGGUGGUCAAUCCUCAGCCAUCUCUCCUGGCCGUUCUCCCAAUCGUUCUCCUAACGCAUCUCCUCUACCUUCUCCUGUUCGUUCUCCAGCCAGAACCCCGACAAUGCAGCAACCCUGUGCUCAAGCAUUGUACGACUUCGAUCCUGAAAAUGAAGGAGAACUUGGUUUCAAAGAAGGAGAAAUAAUCACCCUUACUAGUCGUAUUGAUGACAAUUGGUAUGAAGGGACCGUACACAAUCGCACAGGCCUUUUUCCAGUCAGUUACGUUCAAGUCGUGGUGCCAUUACCAUAAAAAUCAAGAACUUAUGAGCAAUGUAUUAGAUACAACAAAGCCAAGGAAAAAUAGUUUUAAAACAUUUGUAUGACUUUUUUGUUUUGUUUCUUCUCAAAUGCCUUGCCAAAGAUCUUUACAGUUUUAUAUUUAGUGUUAUGUACUGCAUCAAAUGCUUCUGAUAAGCAUUACCAAAAUUUGCAAUCUGAUGUCUGAAAUGCAUUGUUAUUCAGCAAAUUAUAUUUUUGGGAAAGUACAGAAGCGCUAUGCAUUAAAAUGCAUGACACUGCAUCGUUAUUUCUUAUCAUGAAAAGUUCCUCAUUUCUCUUGAAGUCAUGGCCAGUAUUAUUUAUUUUUGGUUCCAAAAGUAAAUAUUAAUCACUUAGGCACAUGAAAUGUCUAGAUUUUGCAUGUGUUGCAUUACUCAGUAAGAAAGUUAAAUUAUUAAUUACUUUUGCUUUGUUCAUUCAUUCAGAUAUAUUGCAGAUUAGGAUUAUUGUGCAACAACUGUGAGUUACCUGCAUGCAAAAUAUUAUAUUUUACUGUUUUAUGACUAUCAUACAUGAAUGUUUAUGAAAAGAGAACUUCAAGACUUCAGUGAAUCAGGUCGAAUGGAUGCCUGAUUAUACCAGAUACAGGUGCAGAAAUGUAUUUUAUUCACUUUUAAAUGCAUUGAUUAGUACUUUUAUUGUAUCAUUUGAUACUUGUCCAGUACUCGAUGUGCGUCUAAAGCUUUAUUUGUGAAUACACCGAAGUGUCAUUUCAUUUAUCUUAUGACUGAUAUUUUGAGAUUUAGUUUUAUUCGCGUCACAGUUUUUUGAGGAGUUGUAAAAGAGUACUCUAAUUUUUGAAAAAUAUUUGCUUUUGCAUUAAUUACUAUGCUUUUUAUGCACAAGUAAACAUCCAAGAAAAUUGUUUGUUAGUGGCUGGUCCACUAAAACGAAGAAAUGUUUGUAUUUUAUGAAGUAAUCUUAUAAAUUAAAAAAUCCUUGGAUCAAUUAAUAUGAUCUAAAAUUGCAGUGUUUUUAUUGAGAAGGGGGGAAAAUGUUAUGUUUGUAUAUUAAUGUUAUGAUAUUUUCGAUUUUGCAUAAAUUAAAAACAAGAAGAAAAAUGUAUUUUCAAAACAGAUGGAUGUUCUAUUUAUUCAUAAUGAUGGGAAAAAUGAUCUAUUGUGAUGCAAAUAAAAAGAUAAAUAUAUUCAUUUUAGUCAUAAAUUGCACUCUACACCCAAGGCUGUCUUUCAUCUUUUCCCAUUUCUAUAUUCCGGUGUUACUUUUAAAUUUAUUUCAUGGUAAUCUUUCUAGUUGUGUUCUGAAAAAAGCUGAAAAUUACGUGAAAAUGUUUUCCCAAUAUAUUUCAUUCCAACUUGAUGUGUACAUAGUAAUUUUACAAUUUCUCUGCAUUAUUAUUGAUUUUGAGAAAUUGUUCCCAUGUAUAAAUUAUUUAAUAAAUUCGGUAAGGAUUUUCCAAAUUUCACCCAAUUUGUCAAGUUUCGGUUGCUAAGUUCUCAAAUUGUUUGAAUGAACCUAUCUUGGUUAACGUAUGUAGAAACUUUCAACAUUUGCUGCCCCAACCUCUUAUACUGCAUCCUACACAUUUCCCUCUUAUGGCUUCUAGAUGUUAAAACUUUAAUAGUCUCUACAAUCUUGGUGUAGCUCUGUGCUUAUAUUGUACUUGUUGUCAGAUAUGGUGUUAUACGACUUCAUUACUUAACAACUUUCAAAAAGUAUAUAUUAAAUAAAAGGCAAAAAUGAUUAGAGAGGUGCUGUUAAGAUAAUUGUUAAUAUUUGCCUUUUAGGUGUCUUAAAAACUUUCCUUGAUUUGGAAUGUUGUGCCUCAAACUUGUCGAAUAAACUGAUGUGAUUUUUGAAUGGUAUACUAAAAGCUAUGUAGACUCUUGGCAACAUUGGAUUUUUAUCUGAAAGUAUUUUUGAAGCGUAAUUUGUUAGAAAUGAAAUUCCCCUCUUUCCCUGUGAAAUAGCAUAUGAUAGGGAAAAUCGUUACUGACUAAAUAAAAAUAGUAAAUUAUGAAUUGUGAAUUAUUGAUAGCGCUCAUUAGUUAAUCUAUGAUGACAGAAGGUAUUUUAUUAAGAAAAAAAUUACAGCAAUAAUAUCCAAUUUCAUAUCACUUAGAGUUAGCGAUGCACUCAUAAAUUUUCCAGUAUUGAAAGGUAUGAUUUUUUAUGAUUUUUACGUUAUAGCAGAUUGCAAGAAUAUGGCUCACUUCCACAGAAUAGUGACUGCUUGGUAAUACGAUGAAAAGUGCACAUGUUUUUCACUUGAACAUCUAUGUUAAUCUUGCUCAGUGCUUCUGAAUAUUGCCAGACAUUUGAAACACUCAAACCCGAGUGUCAACCUUUGUUUUGGAGAUAGUGGCUGCAUGAAAGAAAGCACCUUUUUUCUGCAACUUCAUAAGUAGCUUUGAAGUGCAUUGUUUGCAACACAAUGUGAGUUUAAAAAAAAAAAAACAGACUACUCGAUGUUAAAACGGCAAAUACGACAAAACAUGAAUCGCAUCAAAUUAUGUCAAAGGAAAAUAAUUUUAACGGGAAUGUUGUUCUGGAACUACUGCAUCCCUGCUUAGAACAUUGUCCCAGUGCACUGGAUUCCUUUGUUUCAUUAAAAUGUGUCUAUCGGCAAUUUAAGACUUGAAUUUUGACUGCCUCAUUUGGCACUGCAAAAUCAAAAUUGGCCAUGGAUUUGUUGCCUCUUUCCUAGUGUAGAAUAAAUCGAAAAAGAAUUUUUUUUAAGGAAUGUUGAAUAAAUCAACAUCUGCUAUAAACUGCAUUGAAAUUGCAUGCUGUGUAUUCAGUAAUUUGUGCAUUCAAUCGCAGAGUCCCAUUUAAGACUUUACAAUACUUACUGGUGGAAGUGAUCGUUCUUCAUUGCAUGCUGUUUAGGUUUUUAAGAGUUUUAUUUCCCUGUGUGUCUCUCUCUCUCCCUCUUUCGUUUGACUAGAUGAGCUUAUUUGAAUAAAUUGAGCAUAUGUAUCCAGGAUCGGAAACAAUUGCUGUUGGAACUCGAACAUAGAACAUUUCUCAAUUCAUACUUUUGUAUGCUACAUGUACUUUUGUAUAGUACUUUUAAGUCAGUUUUCUAAUUCAUUCAUGUAUUUUUAAUCCAUUUCAACUGCUUUAACGAAAUCGGGAUAAUUUACCAAUAUAUUUUUAGAUAAAUGAAGUACUAGAUUGAGUUUUUGGAUGUGGUAAGCGGCCUGAUGGUAAUUUUAAGACGCUCUCGCUGAAUUGUACUAGGCAAUCGGGACUGUAAUAAAUCAAAACCUGUUGCCAAGUGCUCUGUAUUAAAAUUUCUUAAAUGCUUAUGUAAGUUAAUAGACUAGUUACUGAUUAAAGUAUUAAAGUUGCUGGCUGGAAAGUUUCUAUGUUGACUGUCUUUCGUCUUGUAUAUUUUCCCCCAAAUUUUUUUAGCAUGCAUUUUACAACUUUGAAGCAAUUUUGAAAUUUCACUUUUUAUCUUUUUGGAACCAAACCAGUGAACUUUUACAGUAAUAGGAGAAAUGUGCCAUUUGUAAUUUGGAUGUUUAGGUGGUUUUAAUAGUGUGCAUAUUAUUUUUCAUGUUCAAUGGAUGAGUAAAAUGUAAACUAUUUCUUUAUAGAAUCUGCAAUACAUUAUUGAAUGUGAUUUUUUUUUAGCAGUCUAAUCAACUAUUUUUCAGCAAUAAAUAUUGAAUAUUAUAUCAUUCCCACUGAUCAACUAUUGUUACAUCUAAUUGUAAACUAAAAAUUUGUGACUGUUUGAGUGAAAGUUACAAAUAAAUCUUAUGUAUUAAAUAC